UUAGAUCCUUUGUUUUAUUUAGAUUGCCUUUAUUAUUGAGUUUUAAGAGUUCUUUGUAUCUUCUGGAUACCAGUCUUUUUAUCAGAUGUGUGAUUUGCAAUUAGUAUCUCCCAUUAUGUGGGUGUCUUUUCACUUUCUUGAUAGUGUCCAUUGGAGCACAAAAGUUUUUAAUUUUGAGGAAGUCCAAUUUAUUUAUUUUGUUGGUUGUGCUUUUGUUUUCCUAAGAAGCCUUUGCCAGUUCCUAGGUUACAAAGAUUUAUCCCUGUCUUUUUUUCUAAGAGUUUAAUAGUUUUAGCUCUAACAUUUAUGUCUUUGGUCCUUUUUGAGUUAACUUAUAUAUGGUGUGAGGUUGGAGACCAACUUUAUUUUGCAUGUAGCUAUCCAGUUGUCCAGUAGGAAGUGCUUUACAGCCACUUACUCCCCAUCACAGCCCCCAAGGAAACAAGGAAACGGAGGCAGAGGUGGGGACCUGCUCCAUGCUUCUUGAGGAGAAAGUGGCAAAGCCAAGAUUGUUCCAGAAAUAUCUAGUUUUUGACCAUGGCCACAGCCAGCCCACAAAAGGGUUUCAUUUAUGGAACAUGUUUUAAAUACAUUAUAUCAACUUAUAAAAAUUAAAAGUUUUAACUGAAAAACAUAACCUAAUUUUCAGCUUCUCACCAGAGACUAGCAGUUCUAACCACAUGGGGCCUAUAUUUCCCCAUUAUCAAUUGGUUCUGAGUCCCAGGUGCCCCAUCAGACAGGGCACAUAUUAUCUGUCACUUCCAGUGUCACCUCUCACAGGUUAAAUACCGGUAGACUCUUACACUGGCCCACUUCAGUUACUUGUAAGCCUGCUUGGUCACUGAAGGCAAGUGAGUUUCUGACUCUUAACUGUACACUCCUCUUUUCAGGGAGGGUGAGGAGCCUUGCUUGGAAUCUGAGGAUUAGUGUAUCAGUUAAUUGUAGCUGAAUAACAAACUGUCCUAGUUUGUUAGGACAGUACCUAGUGCCUUUAGACACUAACCAUUUCUUUAGCCCACAGAUGUACAAGUCAGCAGUUUAGACAGGUCUCUGUUGGCACCCUCACCUGAGAUCAGUUGUAGGUCAGCUAUGGUUAGCUUUGAUCUCGUCUGCAUACUCUCACAUGUCCUUGCUAUACAACCCACACCUACAUGCAGCAACCCAGUGGUGCCCUGCGAGACCUGACUCAUGUUGCCCAGAACAUGCACUUUCUCAGGACACUGGCCUGCCCAUCUUCUCCAUCCUCAUUCCUCCUCCUCUUCCUGAGAGCACUGAUGGGAACGGUCCAGCUGAUCGAACGCAUGUGAAGUUUCAGGAGCCAGUGACCUUCCGGGACGUGGCUGUGGACUUCACCCAGGAGGAGUGGGGGCAGCUGGGCCCCGCCCAGAGGACCCUGUACCGCGAUGUGAUGCUGGAGACCUUUGGGCACCUGCUGUGUGUGGGGCCUGAGCUUCCCAAACCCGAAGUCAUCUCCCAGCUAGAGCAAGGAGCUGAGCUGUGGGUGGCGGAUAGAGGAAUCACCCAGCGCUGCUGUCCAGGCUGGGAGCCUGGGCUUGAAGGCCAAGCAGCACUCACGGAGCAGAGCCUUCCUGAGGGGGAGGCGUCCCCUGUCACAGAGCGGGGGGCCUUCCUGAGGGAAGCUCCCUGUCCUGCCACACGGGGGGAAGGCUGGGACCAGGAGGACCAGGUCAGGGCGCCUGAGAAGGACCAAUUGGAAUGUUGCCCCGAGGCAGCACCAAUUCAAGAUGGAAGCCAGGAAAGUCUCAGACUUGGGGAAAAUCGUGUGCUGAAUUCAGACCCAAACCCACUCCUGGAGGUUUCUGGGAGAGGAAAUUUCUGGACUGACGACUCACAGGUUACAAAUUCGGAAAGUGAGUCCAGCUUAGUGGGUCAGCACACAGGCGCCUCGGGAGAAUGGCCACGUGACAGCAGCAGCUGCAGCUCGGCCUCCCGCCAGGCAGCUGCGGGUGUGGAGCUCGUGCGGAGUGCAGUGCGGGAGAAGCCCUACAAGUGCGCGGACUGCGGGAAGGCCUUCAGCCACAACGCGCACCUCACUGUGCACAGGCGCAUCCACACGGGCGAGCGGCCCUACGUGUGCAGAGAGUGCGGCAAGGCCUUCAGCCAGAACUCCUCGUUGGUGCAACACGAGCGCAUCCACACGGGUCACAAGCCCUACAAAUGCGCCGAGUGUGGCAAGUGCUUCUGCCACAGCACGCACCUCACUGUGCACCGCAGGAUUCACACCGGGGAGAAGCCCUACGAGUGCCAGGACUGCGGGCGUGCCUUCAACCAGAACUCCUCGCUGGGCCGGCACAGGCGCACACACACGGGCGAGAGGCCCUACUCCUGCAGCGUGUGUGGGAAGGCCUUCUCACGGACCACGUGCCUGUUCCUGCACCUGAGGACUCAUACGGAGGAGCGGCCCUACGAGUGCAACCACUGCGGCAAGGGCUUCAGGCACAGCUCCUCCCUGGCCCAGCACCAGCGCAAGCACGCCGGGGAACAGCCCUACGAGUGCCGCCAGAGGCUGGUCUUUGAGCAGACGGCCGCACUGACCCAGCACGAGUGGGCAGACGCCCUGGGCUGCAACCCAGCUUUGAAUCCCAGUGACAGGGCUCAUCGGAACGACAGGCCCUUCAAAUGCGGUCAGUGUGGGAAGUGUUUUAUUCAAAGCUCGCACCUCAUCCGGCACCAGGUAACUCACACAAGGGAGGAGCCCCGUGGCCGGACCCGGCAGCGGGAUCAGCCCCGUAGCCGGGGCUCCCAUCAGCACGUGCGCCCAGGGGAGAGCCCUGGGGGCGGGACAAAGGCCGGACAGCCUGCAAGCAGGGCGCUUGCCCUAUUUGACAUCCACGAAAUCAUGCAAGAGAAAAGCCCCGUGCACGUUAUUGGGGUAGAAGAACCUUCCGUGGGCACUUCUGUAUUAUUUGACAUCAGAGACUCCACAUAGGGGAGAAUGUCUACAGAUGACUUUGAACCACAGGUACAAAAAUUUGGUAAGUCCACAUGGGUGUUCAUGGAAAAGGGGAGUGGGGGUAAAGAUGCCCAAGGUGACUUCCGAUUUCCUAAGGAAAGGUGCUUCCCAAAACUCCCGAGAUUGGUAGUUCUCAGAUCUCUCCAGCCCAGUGCCCCCUUUAACCACAGAUGUUUUGUACUGUUCUCUCUAUGACCCUGAAAGGAGUUCACAGGUGAUGUAACCUACACAUGUGUUUAAUGUCAAAAUAAUCACUAUAUGGCCCCAUUUUCUAAAGGAUAAUUAAAACAGAAGUAAUUUAUGAUGA